CGGACGCAGACGGAGGCGGCUUCUCAGAACGGCCUCGACUUCUCGCGGAUUUAUUUACAAACAAACCCUCCUCGGUCUCCGAUGGCGGCCUUUCAAACAGGGGACAUCGCCGCCUUCCAGACCAUCGAAGUGUCCAGCGAUGAGAAUGGGGCGUUCGUGCUGGCCGCAGAGGAAGACGACAGGAGAGAAGACACAGAGUUCAACAACGAUGCAACCAUCCUCCUCAUCAAAUUUAUCAGAAGGCGUUACAAUGAACUACAGUACCAGCGCACGAGACCCCAGGUUUACAGGGAUGUUUAUGAAGAGCUCUGUAAAAAUGGUUAUAAUUUCUCCGUUGAGAGAAUCAGAAGAAAAUGGAAUAAUCUCCUAGGUAGCUACAAGAGAGUCAAAAAGUUAAAGAAGACAAGAAAGCUACAGUGGGAAUACUACCAGAUUCUCAAUGAUUUCUUGCCACCAGAAUUUGGAGAGGAAGGCACAGACAGUUACUCAAGGUAUAUGCCUGAGUCCCCCAACUACACCAUUAGGGAUUCCUACACGCCCUCAUCCAGCUCGCAGAAUUUUCCCUCAUCGGUGACAGUACAUGUCCCUCCACCAUCUGUUGGAAAAGAAAUAGAAAGGGGAACAAAACGACAGGCUAUGAUGGAACAAUAUAUGCAGCAGCUCAAGGAUAGGGAUUUCAAUGAGGAAGCAUACAAAAAGAGAAAGGAAAAGAGAGAGAGAAUGAAAGUGAGAGCACUGAGAAAGAUCAGUAAAGAGCUACAAAACAUUGCUAAAACCCAGUGUGAAAUCCUAAGUAAGCAAGAACAGAUACUUAUGUAUAUAGAUAAUAAGGAUGUUUGAUUCUGUUUUUUGUUAUCCAUGUCUUAAAAUGUAUGAUUUUUCUGAUUUAUCAAAUUUGUCUUUUAUCUCAUUUGCUUCUCUCUCAUUCCUUUUAAAUUUCUCUUAUAAGAAGUGCAUAAAACUAUUUGUUGUGCUUGAACCUUGUUAUCUCAGGGAAUGACCUCUGAGAUUUUGUAAAACCUAAUCUAGGACAAGCCUUAGUCAGCAAAGAUCUAGAUAGGCUAUAAUGUGUAAAAUAGGAUGAUUUGUGUACUUGUAAAUAUAUAGAAAUUAUUUUAUCACAUUUCAUAUUUCCUUAUUUACAAUACACUACCCAGUAUGGUAUUAAUAUUGCCUUACUAUCUAAUGAUAAAGUUCUAGCCUGCCAUAUUAUAUUAACCUCUUGGAUCUGGGUGUUUCAUGGCAAUCACAUGACCCAAAAUAAUUGCAUUAGGCUUGUGUGAGCAGCCAUUUUGAUGGGUGCACAGCUUGAAGGCUGGGUGCACUCAAACACUUGUGUGUGGUGACAAGACUUUAUGCAUCCCCUUUGCAAUAUUAUUUUCUCUUUUUAUGCAUAAGCAUUUUUAGCUUUGUUGCCAUUUUCCAAUGUCCACAUUUGUUAUUUGAUUUGUUGUAUCUAGAUGGUAGUAGACAGACUCCUUAUCAUCUUUCAAGGUAGUCUGUAACUCAGUACAGGAAUAAUAACAAUAAGUAAUGUUUUGUUAGUGGUGUCAUAUUCAAUUUUUUGUAAUACAACAUAAGCCACUGGUCAUGGCAGCCAGGAAUAGGAUGCUAAGCAUGGAAGUGGCAUCCUCCUUGGAGCUGGCACUCUUCCAGUCAUGGCUCAUAGACAUUACAUUCCACACUCGUUUAUUGAAAGAAAUAUUGCAAAAGCUCCUUUCUAAACACCAAGUGAGACUAAUCACUCUCCAGAAUGUUUUUGCACUCGUGGCAAGUCUUUCCCGUCAUCCAGCCCACAGCCAACUUUUCCCAUGAUGGCAUGGUCAAGUCACCUGGCCCUCAAGGCAAAUCUUUUCAUGAUGUUGUGAUAACAUCAUCCAGAUUGAAGGGGUUAAAGUCUACCUCUUUCAGAGUAUAUCACUGAUAUUAAUACACAUCAUAUAUAUAUUUUUUAUAGUGUAUAAGGCAGUAAGUUUGAUUUUCAUGAAGUGAGUAAACACCAAUUUCAGUUUUUAAGCAAUUGAUUUUCCAUGAAUUUCAAAAUAAAAAAUGAAAAUUUUG